CCAGCUCAUCAGGUGCUUCCUGCGCGGCGUGAGGCGGUCAUUCGAGGACAUUGUCAUCUUGACUUCGUACUUCGCAAUCAAGAUGCAGUGAACAUGCAGCUUGCGAGCUUGUGUAAUGAAGACUAUAAGCCGUACAAAUUCCCUUCAUGUCCGGGGACCUAUCAUGAAGCUGCUGCUUGGGUUUGUCCUUGCUGUUCUUCGCCUCGGAGUUUCGAGAUGGGGCCACUUCACUGUAGCUAGUGCUCAGAAUAUCGUUGUGAAGCGAGACGGGACAUGAUUCUCAUUUGAUGUUACCCAUUUUUCAUUUAGUG